AUGGGUAAAAAACCAUUCAUCGAUCGUAAGAAUGCAAGGCAUUUUCAUUUAGUCCAUAGAUCACAAAAAGAUCCUUUAAUAAGCGAUCAUGAAGCUUCUUCAAGAGUAUUAGUUGAAGUUGUUCCAACUAACUUGAGGGGAAAAAACAAACAAAUUGAAUAUAAUGAUAUUGAUGAUAUUGAUGAUCAACAAAGAAAAGAUGAAAUUGAAAGUCGUGUUGGAAAAGCAGCAUUAUACGGAAUACAAUUUGAUGAUACAGAAUAUGAUUAUCUCCAACAUUUAAAACCAAUUGGUGAAAAUGAAGGUGGAGCAAUAUUUAUUGAAGCUCCAAAAAGAGAAAAGAGAGAAAAGAAGAAAGGUGGAAAUAUUGAAUUAAAAAAGGGUGAUGAUGAAUUAGAAGAUAAUAAAGAUGCAUCGUCAACUUCUAAGAAAGACCGAAAAGUUAGGAUAUUACUUCCAGAAGAAGUAUUACCAUCAAAGGAAGAAUUGCCUGUGGGGCUGUUAAAUCAAUCAGCAAUCCCUGAAGAUAUACAGGGAUUUCUGCCUGAUAUGGAUCCAAGACUUCGAGAAACGUUAGAAGCGCUUGAAGAUGAUGAAUAUGUGGAAAAUGAUUUGGAUGAUGAAUUCUUUUCAGCAUUAAAUGCCGAAAACAACGAAUUUUAUGAAGAACAAGAGGAGGAUUUCGAACCUGAAGAAGAAAUUGAAAAUUGGGAAUCGGAAAAUGAUAAACUUCGGUUAUUAGAUGAACAAUUCGAAAAGAUUGAAAAGGAAUAUACGGAAGUUGAAGAAGAUAUAGAAUCCGAUGAUAAAUCAACGUCUUCCUCACAAAUACGUCAAGAUUUCUCGCAAAUUCUUGAUGAAUUUCUUGAUAAGUAUGAAAUUAGUGGUUGUAAAAUUGUACAAAAAUUGGAAGGUGAUAAUGUACAAGAUCAAUUAGAAACCGUAAGAAGAAGUUUAGGAAAAAUUAAUUUAAAUGAUGGAGUCAGUCAAGAUAAUAUAAUAAACGAAAAAGAUGGCUCGGGUAGUGAUAAAAGUGAAAAUAAUAGAUCUAAAAAUCAAAAGAAAAGUAGAGAUAGACUGGUACAAGUUGAAAGCAUAAAAAAAGAAGCCUGGGAUUGUCAAUCUAUUUUGAGUACAUAUUCGAAUUUCGAAAAUCAUCCUAUUCUAAUUAGAGAAAUACCUCAUCAAAAGAUUAAUAUCAGUCAAAAGUCUGGUUUACCUGUAUUGGAGUCGUCCGUUGAAAAUAAAGAGAAGGAUGAUGAAGAGGGAAUAAAGAUCAAGAUGGACGAAAAGGAUCAAAUAAAAGUGAAUAUCGGUGCAGCUAGAUCAAAAAAUGAAUCUAAAGAAGAAAAGAAAUUACGUAAGCAGAUUAAUAAGGAUGAAAAGAAGAAUCGUCGAGUUGAGAAGAAGUCGCUUAAAAGAGCUUUUGCUAAAGAACGCACGAAACAAAACAAAAUUUCACAUGAUCUAUCACAAAAUCAUUCUGGCGCUAUCCAUUUGGAUUAA